GUAAUUAACCCGGAAAAAAGGCCGAGAGGCAGGAGAGGAGGAGGGGGUAAAGGGGUCGAGGGAGAAGAGCGAGAGGAGUGAGAGGCACCGAGAGUUUGGCAGCCAGAUAAAGAAAUCCUCCGAGAGAGACCGACCCAACGGCCGGAGAGGCGAUUUCUGCCUCGAUGUAACCCGCGCUUCCCGAGGCCGGCCCCUGCACGGCGGGCGGCGAAACUUCUCUGCGGGUUCUGGCGCUGGGGCAGUGGCCCCGCGACAGCUGCCCGGGCUGCGGGGCGGGGAGGAGAGCCGAGAACGUCCCAGGGUGAUGUGAGCAGAGCCCAGGAAUGCCUUAUGUGGACCGGCAGAACCGCAUCUGUGGGUUUCUGGACAUCGAGGAGAAUGAGAACAGUGGCAAGUUUCUGCGGAGGUACUUCAUUCUGGACACGCAGGCCAACUGCCUUCUCUGGUACAUGGACAACCCUCAGAACCUGGCAGUUGGGGCAGGAGCUGUUGGAUCUUUGCAGCUGACCUACAUCUCGAAGGUGAGCAUAGCUACCCCAAAGCAGAAACCAAAAACACCGUUUUGCUUUGUUAUCAAUGCUCUGUCUCAGAGAUAUUUUCUUCAAGCCAAUGACCAGAAAGACCUGAAAGACUGGGUUGAAGCCCUGAACCAAGCCAGCAAGAUCACCGUACCCAAACUUGGGAAUCUACCCCUGGCUCCUGAAGUCCUCAAAAGCCUACCAGCUCUUUCAGCCCUGGAGAAGAAGCCACAAGUGGCCUACAGGACAGAGAUCAUUGGAGGGGUGGUGGUCCACACACCCAUCAAUCAGAAUGGUGGUGAUGGGCAGGAGGGGAGUGAGCCAGGAUCCCACGCCAUCCUCCGUAGGUCUCAGAGUUACAUACCCACCUCGGGCAGCCGCGCUUCUACUGGUACCCCUCUCAUUAAGAGUGGCUACUGUGUGAAGCAAGGGAAUGUGCGGAAGAGCUGGAAACGUCGCUUCUUUGCACUUGAUGACUUUACCAUCUGUUACUUCAAGUGUGAGCAGGAUCGAGAACCACUGCGUACUAUAUAUCUCAAGGAUGUUCUCAAGACCCAUGAAUGUCUGGUCAAGUCUGGAGAUCUUUUAAUGAGGGACAACCUGUUUGAAAUAAUAACAAGCUCCAGGACCUUCUACGUGCAGGCAGACAGUCCAGAAGAUAUGCACAGCUGGAUUAAGGAGAUUGGGACAGCUGUCCAGGCCCUCAAGUGCCACGCCAGAGAAACAUCCUUUUCUAGAUCUAUUUCUUUGACUCGAUCUGGAAGCUCCAACCUCCCAGGUGGGCCCAACUCAUUCUUGUGCAGGGGACGGCCACCGGUGGAGGAGAAGAAAGCCCUAUGCAAAGCCCCCUCUCUGGCCUCCUCCUGGCAGCCCUGGACACCUGUUCCCCAGGCUGGGGAAAAGCUGCUUGCAGCUGAAGAGACUCCAGAGGACCCUUCGUUCAUGCCUCGACUUGGGGAGAUCAAUACUUCUGGAGUGUUUCUGCCUUCCCGGAUAAGGCACAGAUCGGAACCCCAGCAGCCCAAGGAGAAACCAUUUAUGUUCAACCUUGAUGACGAAAACAUACGGACCUCUGAUGUGUGAUGAAGCAUAAUGCCAUUGGAAGGAGGGAGAGGACUUGAGAGGAGGAGGCUGUGACUCAGUUUCUCUCCUUGUUGGAGGACAGAGGCCUUUCUGUCACUCGUAUUCCUAUGGAUGCUCUUUGAGAGGGAGGGGUCCAGCCAGCUGGCUUUUUUUUUUUUUUUUGUAAUAUCAAUGCAGUAUAUUUAAUCUUGGGACAUCACUAGGUUUGACCUGUAAGCAUACUCAGUGGAGAGUAUACUUUCCCCUGCAUAUACAAGAGCACGUAGUAAAUUCUCACUUGACUAUUCCAAGGUUGUCCUGGUGAAGGGUUAUUUUAGGAACUCCUCUCCAGAGGCGGCUGGGAGUGCAGUUUUAUCCCUGACCAAGACUUAUUCUCUUGUCUUUGUUUUAGUUUCUUCAUUUUGUUUUCAGUCCCAGCAUAGAAUUCCUGUUUAUUCACUGAGGCUUGUCAAGUGGGUGGGCUUGUGACAGAUGUUAAAAUUAGAGGCUUGGAGGGCAGCCCUCAGAGUGUCUGCCAGGACAGAUGCCUUUAGGAGCCCUCUUAGGGGAUGGUAUAGAGACCUCUUGUAAGGUAUGGAAGUAAUCCAACUUUACCAACAAUGACAGUACAUCAGCAAGUUUUGGAAAUUACUCUUGUUUUCUUCUAUAUGCUUUUGAACCUAAAUACUAUAGAUGUGGGUGAUAGACCUACGCAUCUCAUUUCUGUGUCAGGCCCCAAGAGUGGAUUUAUCAGUGUUAAAUGUUACCACUGUGGAAUACAGAACAGACAUUUCCCUUGAUAUGGCAUUAUUUGGAAUGGGAGGGGUGGUAAAUGUAUGAUAAUUCACACAUGUGGUAGAUCAGUCUCUAUUUCAGAGUUUUAGAAGAGCUUGAAAAUAAAUGCUGAGAUGACAUAGUCAUCUGGAUCAUAGUUCAUUCAGUUAAGCUUUUAUGAUCCAUGUUUUGCAGACAGGAGAGAAGUUCCGUUUUUGCAAAGACAGAUUCUCUUGAGCCCUUGCCUCAAAGCUCUUUUUGAAUAUGUAUGUGCUGGCAGAUUUGCUUUCUUUUUAUUCUUUGUGUCUCUAUUUGAAUGAAGCCUUAUGUACUUGCAUGAUCAACCCUGUAAUAUGAUGAGGUUCUAUACAUUUAACAGUGAAGAGGUACGAAAAUAAUCUUGAGACAUUAUAUUUGUAAUGAAAUAGAACCUGGGCAUAGAAACAUGGAAUUGGAGGUUACAAGUUGCUGGCUAGAGAUUUUUCAGGUAGAAGAGCAUAGAAAAUUGACUUUCCCACCUGCAUUUUAGAGCAUACCUUUUUUCAUUUGAUAAGAAGAUACUACUUCCAGUGUUCCUGGGAGAAUCUGUCCAUCCAAUGUAUGUGAAUUGCCACUAAGAACUUACUAGGUUCCCUAAAGAGAGGACUUCUGUAAUUUUUUAUCAGCUAGCUCAAUUAGUAGUUACAUUUUUAAAAUAAAAAUUAGUGACUAGAGGAAGAGAAUAAGAGAAAGAUUUUUCCUUAAGCAAAUCCCCUCCCCUUCUUAUGAUCGAAUCUAAUAUGCAGAGGUGAAAAUGCUUGAUGAAGAAAAUUCCUAGUGACUUGAGAGGAAUCAUGUUUUUUUAAGGAUGUGUAGUUUCUGUGAAGUCUGUCCCAUUGAGAAUUUUUUCUGAUGGUACUGCAUUUCAGCUUAAAUUUGGCCUAUUGGUUUUGGUAUAAAAAAAAUUUACUCUUGGAUGUCUCCUUUCUCUCUCCCCCCCACCUUUUCUAUAAAUUCUGGUGUACUUUUGUCCCCAGGAAUUUUUUGUUUAAGGAUUAUUUAUUUACAGGUGAUUUAGGUUACAACAUACAACUUAGAUUACAACUUCCUGCUUUCAAGAGCCAUUCCAAAUUCUUUUUUUUUUUUCUUUGCAGUUUUUGGCUGGGGCUGAGUUUGAACUCCGGCAUAUGGGGCCAGCGCCCUACUCCUUUGAGCCUUAGGCACUGCCCCUCCAUUCUAAAUUCUUAUAGGUAACUGCUGGUUUCACCUCUAAAUUUUCCUCAAGAAAAUUCUUUAGGUAGUCAGAGUUCAAAAUACAUGAUAUGGAACUAAUUAUAACUUUGAGAUCUCUUCUGAACUGUAAGCAGAGAUUUGUUAUCCACUGUAUCAGUGUCCGCUACCCUUGAGAUCUCUUUAGUCAUUUUCCUGACUUGUGGAAAAGAUGUCAUCUUUUGGUAUUUAAAUUGUGACAGUCUACUCAUUUCUUGCCUUUUUAAAACUCAGCCAUUAUAAUAAACUGUAUGUUUCUAAUACAGCAAGGUCUCUUUUGAGAAUGUGUUAAAUUAAACAUACUUAUAAUCCAGAUUGUAUUAUCUUAAUAAAGGAAAAACAAGGACUCUAAUUAGCAAAUACUUGGGAAUUCCAAGUUAGAACACUGUUCAUGUAAUGAACAUCAACCACAUUCUCAUUCCCAAAUCUUAUUUCAGAAUUCCUUUUCUGUCCAUAUUUCAAACCUUCUGCCCAGUUUUAAAUAAUAAUCUUUUACUGUGAACCAAACGUGGUGCAUAUUUGACCAAAGCAUUUACUUUUAAAUGUAUAAAAUGGAACCAAAUGGGAAAAGGUGUGUGUGCGGGGUUAGGAUACAGUAUAGGUUGGUGGUUAAGUUCAUAGGCUCUGGAAUAAAUCCGGCUGUUAAAAAGAGGGAACUGAAAAAGGUGCUGCAUUUUCUCUGUGGAAUAAAGACCUUUCCUGAGUUGUGCUCUGUUCAUAAGACUUUCGAAGUGGUCUUGACCCAUUAUGUGGAGCAGUGUUUCAGGUGGUCUUUCCUAUAACUGCGAACUUAGCAUCCAUUAUUCUUAAACACUUUGAAGGACUUGCUUACUUGUCAGCUGGUUGGUAGUUUGGCCGUUAGUAGUCUGCAAAACAUCCUCAGGAUACUUAGGCAUAAAUCAUGGAGAUUGACUUUAGGUCAAAAUAUUGGAAUUCACAUUUACUUCUGAGUAGAGUGCUGAGUUCCCAAAGAAAAGAAAGUAGUUUUAAGGUGUAGUUCCGUAGUCUACUUGAGGCAAAAGUUUCUUUUUUCCUUUCUGUUCCCAUAUGGGGCAUAAAAAGGACCCCAUAAAUAAAUAGCAGAUUCAGAAGCUGAGCUGUGGGAUUUGAUAGGUUUGUUUUCAGGGUUCACCAAAUAAAGAGAUAUAGGAAAGUAACAGCAUUUUAGAAAUUUGAGCUUCCCAAAUGGCUUUGUUUAUAAACUUUGAACAUGUUAGAAAUGGACAGGUUUAUAAAUCUUGCCUAUCAACGUUCCUUUUACUUAGUUCUGCAUUAUUGCCUGCAGCAGUCAAUUACAGUCAUUUGUUCUAGGUAGAGAUCCAGUAAAGCCAAUGUUUGGCAAAAACAUACUGUUUGACCUCUUCCUCCUCUGCUUAUGAAGUGGCAUGACUUAGUGUUUUGAACAAGUAUGUUUCAGCUGUGAAAUGUGCUCGCUGUAAGCACUGAGCUGAGUGCAUGGAAAGUGUUAGGUUUCUCAUUUUAUGUGAUCUUCUAAUUGGUAUGUACCAAAAAUAAUUUUCUAAAACUAUUUUGUUGCUUGUUUUGUAAUAAAACCAUGUGAAAUACUGAAA